CGGCGUUUACUUUCGCUUGAAGCAGACUCGUUUCGGAACCGUUGUCUGCAUUUGUUGUUGUUAUUUGUCUGUCAUAAAUACUGAAACUGAUAUUUUAUUUGUUUAAAAAUGAAUACAUUUAAUUCACUGCUAAUUGGCUGCGCUUUGGCUUUGGUGCUGGUCCCAUCCAUUGGCUGGGCAGCUGAGAAAACCGCUACGAAUGAGGAGCCGAAAACAGAUGGUGAAAUAAAAAUUUACAAACGUCUCAUUCCUGCCGAUGUGCUCCGAGAUUUUCCUGGAAUGUGUUUCGCCUCGACUCGCUGUGCAACUGUUGAGCCUGGAAAGACGUGGGAAUUGACUCCGUUCUGUGGCCGUUCAACUUGCGUGCAAAACGAGGAGAAUCCUGCCAAACUGCUGGAACUCGUGGAGGAUUGCGGACCGUUGCCUUUGUCGCUGGCCAACGACAAAUGCAAGCUGGACACGGAGAAGACAAAUAAGACGGCUCCAUUCCCAUUUUGCUGUCCAAAAUUCAUCUGCGAACCUGGCGUCAAACUGGAAUAUCCCGAAGUGGAGAAGGAUGCCGACGAAAAGAAGAAGAACUAAGCUUUUGACCUUUUUCACUGUUAACUGUUUACUGUAAUCAGUUGGAUUUUGUAAAUAAGCACAAUUUUUUGUAAAAUAACCGAAUACUUAAUAAUAAACUUUGUUAGAUUUGA